CUCGGGGAAGCCCCUCUGAAGAAAAGAUAAAAAACAUUUGAAGCAGAGUCCUAAGCAUGCAUUACAGAGAAUUAUUCCUGACAUUUUUGGCUCUUAUAGUUAAAAGCACCUCAGAAGAAAUUUGUAUUUCACGUCACAACAUUAAUGUGAUAGAAGGGGAACCUUUUUAUCUAAAACAUUGCUUAUCUUCACUUGCACAUGGGAAUGAAACAAACACCAUCAGAUGGUCCAAGAGCCAUGGAUCACAUGUACUGGCUAAGCUAAACCCCAGGAGCUCACCCAGAAUUACUGUGCACAAUUACAUUUUGGAGUUCUGGCCAGUUGAGUUAAAUGACCAGGGAUCCUACCGUUUCCAAAUGGGAAAUGAAACGAAGGAAUGGACAUUAAAUGUCAUCAAAAGAGAUGAACACAGCUGUUUUAGUGAAAAACUUGUAAAAAGUAAAAAAGUGGCAGUUAAAAAGGCUUUGCUGAUAAACUGUAAAAAUAGCUACUAUGAGAAAUGGAUCAACAAAACCUCAUUGUAUAAGAAUUGUGAAAAGAUAGAUGAAAAUUAUAAAAGCCUGUCGAUGGUGAAGAAUGCUGAGUUUACUGAUCAGGGAUACUACUCCUGCAUAUUUUCCCUCAUCCGUAAUGGAAAACUAUAUAAUGUCACCCAAACCUUCAAUAUAACAAUAUGUGAAGAUCUCAAUAAUAAAAAUCCAGUUCUUUUGGGACCAAAGACUAACUAUGUUGCAGUGGAAUUAGGAGAAGAUGUAGAGCUCAACUGUUCUGCUUUGGCGAACAAAAAUGAUGUUAUCUAUUGGAGCUUCUGGAAAGAAAAUGAAUCAUAUACUAAUGUACAUGAAGAGAAAGAAAAGACAACCUGGAUUUCAGAAGGCAAACAGCACGUUUCAAUAAUACUGAGAAUUAAGAAAGUUGAUGAAAAAAAUCUAAACUUUUUAUUUAAUUGUACUGUGACAAAUGAGGGAAGCACAGACAUCCAGAGCUUCAUCUUGUUGAGAAAAGACUCAACUGAUAUUUCAAACCCUGUCUUCAUGAGAGGAAUGAUCAUAUCAGUUUUGAUCUCAGUGGCAGUAGUGUGCCUGGUGGUUGUGUGUGUCAUUUAUAGAGUUGACUUGGUUCUGUUUUAUAGACAUUUAAUGGGAAGAGAUGAAACCUUAACAGAUGGAAAAACAUAUGAUGCUUUUGUGUCUUACCUUAAAGAUUGUCACCCUGAGAAUGGAGAAGAGUAUGCUUUUGCUGUGGAGACUUUGCCCAAAGUGUUGGAGAAACAUUUUGGGUAUAAGUUAUGCAUAUUCGAAAGAGAUAUAGUGCCUGGAGGAGCUGUUAUUGAUGAAAUCCAUUCAUUGAUAGAGAAAAGCCGAAGACUCAUCAUUGUCUUAAGUAAAAGUUACAUUGGCAAUGAAGUCAGGUAUGAACUUGAGAGUGAACUCCAUGAAGCACUGGUGGAGAGGAAAAUUAAAAUAAUCUUAAUUGAGUUUACACCUGUUAGUGACUUCACUUUCUUGCCUCAGUCACUGGAGCUUUUGAAGUCACACCGAGUUCUGAGGUGGAAGGCUGAGGAGACUCUUUCUUACAACUCAAGAUUCUGGAAGAAUCUUCUUUACUUGAUGCCUGCAAAAACCAUCAAGCCAGGUCAAGGAGAAUCAGAAAUCUUGCCUGUUCUCUCAGCACCUUGAACCUCAGAAGCUCAAUGUCAGAAGGAAUGCUAGCAAUUCUGGGGACCACGUGUGUGAGCCUGUUCAUAACAAGCCUGUUAUGAAAAAUAUUUUUACUCUAUGAAAAUCUUAUUCAAGAUCUGAAGAUGAAAUCUGUCACUGGAUCAUCAGGGAUGAGACAACACCUUGAGCUGUUGUCUCGUGCUUCCAGAUAAGACUGCAAUUCAACAGGAGUGGACAUCCUUUUCCUCUCUCUUCAUUACUGCACACAGCUACCCACACCAAUCUCAUAUUCAGCAAGUAUGAGGCCAGGCGAGGUAAAGCAAACUGACGUCUGCUUUACAGAAGGCCUCCUUAAGAGUUUUCAAUGCCAACAAUUAAUGUGAACUGGAGGAUUUGAAGUGUAUGAAGAGGCAUUUUCGCUUACCCAGUAGGUGACAGAGUCACUAGAACGCUUUCCUUAUUCUCCUACAAUAGCAAGGAAUCACUAAACGCUGCAAAUACUGCAUGGCAUGGGGAAGGAGAGGCCUGGCCAGGCUGUGUGUGGAGUAGGGAGCUUGGUAGAGGCCAUGGCAAGCAGGCCUUUGGCUUCAGGAUGUCUCCAACGCUCUCAGUCACAGUUUCAAGGCGGUAGCUCUUAGGGCCUCAGUAAGACACUGCACAGCUUGCUCAUUCAGACCUAUUCAUGGGGACUUUUUAAAGGGAACCUCAAGUACUUUUGUAUCUUUCAGGCGUGAUACCCAUUUUCAUUCAGAAAAUUCACUGGGUUUUUCACUUUUAGUAGUCUAAAGCAUUUAUUAAUGAUAUAUAAAUGUUCCUAUUGAGGAUGGUGGCAGAUCACAUUAGAUAUUUGUUUGAUUUUGAAAUUAUAUGUUUAAAAUGCCCUUAAGAUGCAGACAGCAUGGUCUGGUAGUUGAGCCUCUGGACUGUGCAGCCCAUUCUGAGCUCCAGUCUUGAGGUAUUGUCACUUAAUUCUCUGACCUGAGGAACCUUAUCAACCUGUCUGUGCCAAACUUGUUUCCUCAUCUGUCAAGUCAGAAUGUGUAAUACUUGUUCCUACCUCACAAGAAAGUAAGUGAAUAAAUAGAAUUAAAUUGUUUAUAACAGUUCUUUGCAUGGUCCACACUAAGUGUUCCACUAUUAUUAUUAUUAUCAUUAUUAAUUGUUACUUAGCUCAGUGACUUGGCAGUGGAGCAAAUGGAAGCCACAGGGCCACAGGGAAGUAGAUCUGGAGAGGAAGGCUGGUUUGUUUUGAGGAAGUUUCUCCCCAAAGGGAGCCCAGCACCCUGGGCUUUCUCUGUGGCCCCCAGCAUGAUGGCUGACUAUGAAAACCACUGAGGGAUGAACAGCAGCCUUACAGAGGAAGGGCCACAUAAGUUUGCAACUGUCAGAAUUUAAGGGUGCAGCAUGAAUGUUCCAAUGAAGUUGAAAGCAGAAGCUGUUUGCAACAGAUGCAGUGCAUUUUUUUUUUUCAGAAAAUCUAAGCAGAAUGAGAGUUUCUGUGUAGGAAAGUGCUUGAAUUUUUGUAGCGAUAAUGAUUUUGCGUACUAAUCAGUUGGCUAAAAAGCUUAAGCGAAUUUAAUACUUUACAUUUUAUAUGUAAAAAUAUAUGGGUAUGCAUAUAUAAUAACGAGAAAUCCUAUUGAUAUAAUAGUCUCUAGUACAUAGAAAGAUUUUGCUACUUUUUUCUUACA